UUUGUGUUUGCUUUUCUGCAAGUUUUAGGCGGUUUUAGGUUUUACUUUUCUGUAAUUUUUUACUUUUGUGUUUUAGCAAUUAAUUUUAUUAAUAGUGGAUAACAAUAUUUAUUAAAUAAUGGAAGAUUUGUACGACAAUUUGGAGAACUAUCACGAUGAAAAUAUCAUUGACGAGCUAAAAAAUGAAAACCAAGAUCUGAAGCUCAAACUCGAAGAAUAUUCUAGUGCUAUGGCUCGUUUACAAAAUAAUAUUUUGCAGGAUUUUGACAAACUGAACUCUGAAUACAAAAAAUUGGAGAUGAACUAUUCAUCACUGUUAAAAACUGCUCGAGCAGAAAUUGAAAGAAAGUCUGAAAUGAUCAAGUCUCUAAACUCUGAGAAGGACCUUUUAAUUAUAAAAUCUUUACAAAAAUCAAGUCAAAAUAAUAAGAAUCCUACAAGACGUAAUGUACCAAAUGACCAGCGAUCCAAUAAGAGCUGUGAGACUGAAAUGAAACAUAUUGGUAAACCGCAACCAGAACCUCAUCAAGGCAACCAAAAUGAAGGAAAACAUAAGAAUGAGAGAAUUUACCCACCACAUAACCAAUUUGAAAACACAACUGCAAGUGUGGAAAAUAAAUCAAAUUCCAGUGAAGAUAAAUAUUUAAAGGACAAUUACUAUAGAAAUAAAACAGACAAAUGUAUUAAUAGCACAACAAAAGGAACUUAUAAAGAUGAGAAGGUAAAAGAAACAAAAACUAAAGGAGAAAAGAUUUCCAAUAGACGAAAAUCAAUGCCUAUGAGCAGAUUAGAGCCAAUAUUUAGUUCAGAUGAUGAUUUUGAGGCACUUAAUAUGAAAAAUAUAAGGAAAUCACCUAUAAAGGAUGAUACUAGACAAUACGAAAGGUAUAGUAACAAAGACAAUUAUUACCAGUCAACUAAGGAUAGAUUAUAUAGCAGUAAGUCAAAAAAAUACUCUGACUAUAAAUAUAGACAUGACAAGUAUGACUCUAGUUCAAAGUAUACCAGACAUACUCCAGAAAUAUAUCAUGACAAAAAUACAAAAGAUCAUUCAGAAACAUAUAAAUCAAGAAGUGAUUAUCAAAAUAGUAGACAAAGAAUAUCCAGUCCACCCAGUCCUCCCAAAUAUAGUCGCUCUAAGAGUCGUGAUAGAAGGAAUUUUGACAGAGAAAUUAAUUAUGAAAAAAAGAGAAAUACUCAUAUUUCUGAUAAUUCUGCAGUAAAACAUAAAAUUAGAAAUGAGCUAGAGGAGCCAAUUAGUAAAAGACAAAAAACGGAAAUGGUUAUGAAAGAUUUACCAGAGGAAAAUAUUUGUAAUAAUGAUAAGGAAAAAGAAUUUGGCUUAAGAAGCAGUUAUCCAAAACAACAAGAUUAUAUGGAAUCUUCUUGCCAAUCACCUGAUUACGUUAAUAUUGACAAUAUUGUCACACAACACAUAGCUAAAGAAAUAAAACACACAGCAGUAGCUCCACAGGAAGACCCCAGACUGGUCAGUAAAAAAUAUAUCCUAAAUAAAGAACAUGUUUUAUCAACACUUGUGAGUGAACAUGUUGAUAUAAAACCUAUCAAUGUUACUACAUGGGAUAUACCAAAUAUAAAAAAAUUCAUGAUACCACACACAUCAAUUACUAGAAAUUCGCCAGUAGAAACUGAUAAACAAUUUGUAGAUGAAGUGUAUAUGGACAUUGAUAAUCCAACAUUAAAUGAUUCCCUUGAAUCAGGCGAAAUUCAAAGCCUACACGAUUAUGAAAUAAGGUCAGCAAAAGAGAGUAAUGAAAUUAAUACAAAUGAAAAUAAUAGUAUUAAUAAACACCAAAAUGAGAAGUUACAUAAUACCGAAGAUUAUGAUUCCAAUAUAACUAAAAAUUCUUCUAGUACUAAGUACAAAAUACCUAAAAUUAAAAAAGUUGAUACUGGCGUAAAACAUGGUAUUUGUGAAUUGCCAUUGGAAACCAGCAAAUUCCGAUAUGAAGAAAAUAAAGAAGAGGGUAAAAUAAACGAACACUCUAAAAUCCAAUCAAUACAACCAACCCCUAUUAAUGUUGAAAACAUUACCAAUGAUGGAUUAUACAAAUACAAUCAAGUUGCCCAAAUUAACGCUGUUACAGAGCUACCACACAUUUCCAGAGGUACUCUUGCAGACGAUUUAGAAUUAAGUGAUGAAGAAAGUAAGGAUUUACAGAAAGAUGUAAAAUUAUCUAAAAUUGCCUCAAUGACUGAGGCUAAAGAUAACAUCCCUUUGGGUAAAGAGGUGUUUUGCGAGUCAAAGGAAAAAAGGAAACUUAAGGACUUUAAAAAAGUAACAGAAUCUAAGGAUUUACAGAAAGAUGUGAAAAUAUCUAAAACUGACUUGAUAACAAAGGAUAAUCAUAAUAUCCCUUUAGAUGAUUUGCAUUGUGCGUCAAAGGAAAUAAGUAAAUUUAUGGAAUUUAAGAAAGCAAUAGAAAGUAAGGACUCACAAAAAGAUGUGAAAUUAUCUAAAAAUGUAGAAACAAAAGAUAAUAUCCUCUUGGGUAAAGAGGAGCAUCGCGAGUCAAAGGAAAAAAGUAAACCUAUUGACCUUAAAAAAGUAACAAAGGAUACUCGAGAUUGCGGUAAAACUCGCAAAAGUAAAAAGAAAAUAGACCAAAAGCAAGUAAGUCAUACUGAAACAAAAGAUCAACAAACUGUCCCAAAAACUAAAGAUAAACUUAGCAAACCUGCAAUAUCAGUUCAAACUAAAAAUAAAUUUAGCGAUCUAUUUGGCGACAGUUGUAGUUUAAUAACGCCGGAUGAUUUAGGAAUAUCCCCUCCUGAUAUUCAGCUUCCAUUAAUUAGUAAGUAUACUCCCAUGUUUGAAAACACUCAGGAUGCUGUUGAUAUGUGCGUUAAAGAUAUAAAUAAAGAACAUGCCAAUGCCAGUAAAACAUCAGAUGAAUUAAUAAACAACAAAACAGUUAUGCAAAAUGCUGUUGAAAACACCCAGGAUGCUGUUGAUAUGUGCGUUCAAGAUAUUAAUAAAGCACAAUCCAAUACCAGUAAAACUCCAGAUGAAUUAUUAAACAACAAAACAGUUAUACAAAAUGCUGGUGAUAGCGAAUAUACACUAGUGCCUAAAGAUGAAGGUAAAAAUGCAACUAUAAAUAAUUUAGCUUUACCUAGUUUAACUGAAAAUGUGACUACAAAUGGUAGAUCGGAAACAGUUAAGGCAGUCAUUAUAUCUUCUUCUAUUAAACCAAAAUAUACAUCAGACACAUUGCAGAGUAACCAUAAAAUUAGUGGACAUGCAGAAAUAAUUGAUAAUGAUCAGAGCAAUAUGUGUACUUUGAAAAAUAUUAAAGCACUGGCCACAUCCACCCCUUACAAACCAGAGUUAAAGGGUUUAUCAACACCAGAUCCUAAUGUUCCAAAUGAAGAUGUUAGGAAUACUGAAAAAGGUAAUUUAUCCUCUACUGUAAAUAAUUCUUCAAACGCUGAAGAGAGUUCAUGUCAAACAGAUGUUCCAGACGUAAGAAUUAUAGUUCGAAGGCGAAGGAAAAUAGUUAAAAAGUCUUAGCAAGAAUAGUGAAAUAAAAUGUAUAUAAGUAUUUAUACUGGACAUCAUUGAUAUGUCCAAAUUACAUGAACUGGUUUUAUUUGUUGAGGUACAAGGAUAUUGUAAUGUAAAAACAUAAUGUUUAUGUUGAGUAUAUUACAUGAGAUGUCAAAGGAACUGUAAAUAAAAAUAGUUUAAAUAUUCCCGUAA